AUGGGUUCUGACGACGAAGCUCAUUGUAAGUUAUUUUAAAACAGAAAAACUUAAAAUUUUAAAAUAACAAAUACUUUUGUUUAAAUAAUUCUGUACAAAAUCUUUUUGCCUUUUUUGUAUUUUUAUAUAUACGAAAAUAGACAGCUUGCUUCACAUAAGUAGUUGAAAGCUCUUUACUAUCUUAUCCUAGCUAUCCUGCUCUACCCUACUCUAUGCUACCUUACAUUAAAUCUUUGAAAAAUAAUCUUUUCAGUAUUUUUUAAUCUUUAUUCUCAACGUAUGUACAUUAUCAUAUCAUUGAUGUCUGGAAUGUGUGUUUUGGCCUAUAUGAGAGGAAGUUUGGGUAAGUUUAAUGCCAAUUUUAAUUUUAAAACCUACUUUAUGUAAAAUUAAAAAAUUAAGUUUUGGUAUACCUGUUUUACUAGCCUAGCCUUAGUUCACCGUACUAAACUCUAAAAGCCGUAUACAUGUUAUUUCUCAUAGCAAUUUUUAGGUAUGAGUAUGACGUGUAUGGUAAACAGUACAGCAGUAGCAUUAGAACACGCUAGUUCUGCUCACAAACAUGAACCUUUACAACGUGGUAGAGAGAUCCUAAACGAAUACACGAUAAAGUGUAAUGCGUUAAGAAGAGGGUUUACCAACAAGUUUAGUAAUAGUAAAGCACUGAAUGACUAUGGGGUAAGUAUACAGUUCUAGUCCAAAGCCCCAGCCCAAAGCCUUAGCCUUAGCCCUAGCCCAGAGCCCUAGCCCAGAGCCCUAGCCCAGAGCCCUAGCCCAAAGCCCUAGCCCAGAGCCCUAGCCCAGAGCCCUAGCCCAGAGCCCUAGCCCAGAGCCCUAGCCCAGAGCCCUAGCCCAGAGCCCUAGCCCAGAGCCCUAGCCCAGAGCCCUAGCCCAGAGCCCUAGUCCAGAGCCCUAGCCCAGAGCCCUAGCCCAGAGCCCUAGUCCAGAGCCCUAGUCCAGAGCCCUAGCCCAGAACCCUCAAAUUAACCAUUCUAUACUUUAACGUCUACUCUGCUUUAGGGUGACAUAAUCUGGAGUCAGCACAAGCAAAACCUGCUACUGUCAUCAAUGAGCUUAGGUUCAAUAAUAACCAUGCUUCCAGCCGGUUACCUGGCUGACAGGUAUUCUCCAGUGACUUUGAUUAAAGUGGCUACAUUGACUUUUUCACUUAUGAACCUUCUGUUUCCAACUUUGGCUAUGUAUUUCAACUUUUGGUCGGUUUGGGCGGCUAGAUUCGUUUCUGGAUUGGGCGAGGUAAACGGAAUGUCACUAUUGAUUUAUUUGCAAAAUUCUUAUUUUUUGUGUGGAUUUUCAAGUAAAUAUUGAUUUUUUGCGUUGACGAAAUGUCAAUAUUGAUUUUUUGAGUUGACAAAAUGUCAAUAAUGACUUUUUUUAGUAAUUUUUACGUUUUUUAGUAGACGAAUUGUCACUAUUGGUUUUUUCAAAAUUUUAAUUUUUUUUGUUGACGAAAUGUCAAUAUUGAUUUUUCGAGUUGACGAAACGUAAACAUUGAUUUUUUUGUAAUUUUUUACUUUUCAGGGCUUCAUAUCACCGUCAAUAUUCUCUCUUAUCAGUAGAUGGGUACCAAAUCACGAAAAGAGUCAAGCCAUAGCCUUAUUUACCAUUGGAUCUCAAAUUGCUGGUGUUCUAUUUCCACCAGUCACAGCUCUGUUUUGUGCUUCUGUGUUUCGAUGGGCUGGAAAUUUUUAUUCUACUUGUAAGUCUCAUAUUUACGAAAAACUUUUAAAAAACUUAAAAAUUUCAAAAAAUUAAAAAAACUGAAAAAUUUCAACAAUUUUUUUAAAUUUUGAAUUUCUAAAAUUGCAUGAAUUCUCUAAAAAUAUGUCAUAAAAUCCAUAAAAACCUCAAUUUCAGCCAUUUUAAUGUUCGUUUGGCUAACGAUAUUCCACUUUGUUGGGGUCGACUCUCCUUCCAAGUCUAAAGUAAUAUCGACCAGUGAGCGUGAAUACCUAGAACAACAUAUUCAUUCACAUAACAAGAAAUUGCAUGGAAAACGACCUUCCAUACCAUUCAAACAAAUUUUCACAUCAAGGGCGGUUUUAUCAGCUUUAUAUUGUCAUUUUACGUUUGGACUGUAUAUUGCCAUGGUAUCGUUGUUUAUGCCAAUAUUUUUUAAAGAAGUUCUGUUUUUGAAUAUGAAGGAGGUAGGUGCUUAUCCAAACAUUGUGUAUAUUUAAUGGAACCUUUGUGUUCAGAACGGUUUCUACAGUUCAAUACCUCCUUUUUUCCAAAUAUUCGCUAAAAUAACUUGGGCUAUCUUUAUCGACCGGUUGAAGCGAAAAAAGAUUUUAACUCACACUAGAGGUUGUCGUAUUUCACAUGCUAUUGGUAAGUAUUUUAAUUGUUUUUCAUUGUUGCGUUUUUACACCUACCCUACCCUACCCUAUCUUACCCUACCCUACCCUACCCUACCCUACCCUACCCUACCCUACCCUACUCUUCUCUACUCUAUCCCACUCUGCCUUUCAAUCUAACCAAGAAUCCUUCAGGAUCAAUGUCAUGUGGAACCUUCUUCAUCCUGAUUGGCUACUUUUCGGAUUGUUCGAAUCCAAUGUUGACCAUACUGUUUAUGACUAUUAUGGCCAUUGGUACCGGCACAAGCUCGAGCGGUGCUAUUACAGCCUUAGUAUCUCUAGCUCCAAUUUAUACUGGAUUCUUAACUUCAAUAUCAACUGCUAUAUUGAUCAGUGGUACUAUGGCUCUGCCUUUACUGGUUUCUGUCAUUAGAGUUCAUGUAAGUUAUAUUUAUUGUAAAAUACGUGUUUUUCACGCAAACAGCGAUAUUUAUAAAGGUUUAAAAAUUUAAUAGUUUUUGUGACAUUUCGUCAAAAUUAAUAUUUUUUGUGACAUUUUGUCAAAAUCAAUAAUUUUUGUGAAAUUUUGUCAAAAUCAACAAUUUUUGUGACAUUUCGUCAAAAUCAAAAAUUUUUGUGACAUUCAUCAAAAUCAAUUAUUUUUGUGAAAUUUCGUCAAAAUCAAUAAUUUUCGUGACACUAUAUAUUGUUAAAUCCCUUAACUUUUCAAAAAUCAAUAAAUUAUGUGACAUUUUGUCCACUUUUCACUAAAUGCUUCAUUUUCAGGGUACGGUAGAAGAAUGGCGCACAGUGUUUUAUAUUGUCGGAGCACUUACCUUCUCCAGUACAAUUGUAUUCACAUUGUUCGGAGAGGCGGAGAUUCAAGAGUGGGCUCAGGGUGCUAGUCCAAAGCUGCCUAGUACGAUAGAACAAGCAGAGAUCUUACCAAUUGAAGCCAAAAACUUAAUUUUGAAUGAAGAGAAGGGAAAGGAAGAAGAGCAACAAGCAUAG